AUGUAUCUGCACCCGGCAGCACGUCAAGACCUCGAAAACCCUCUGGGUCUCCCGAUAUACGAAUGCUGGUUCUGUCCAACCAACUGGAUUGGAUUUUCUGGCCUCCUCUACCACCUCGAAGAAGGUCGUUGUGUCAAGCGAGAUCGUAUUCGCACCCUCGCCUUUGAGACUCCCGAAUAUGGAUUCUAUGGCAACAAGCUUACAGACCAAAAUCCCUUUUUCUGUUUUCAAUGCCGUACCCAGUUCCCUCAGGUCUCUCACCUGUACCACCAUGUCGAGCAGAACCCUUCCUGUUCUUACCUCCUCAACCCCUCUGAGUGCCUCGGUGCUCUCCGUGACUUUUAUGUUGAGUACUACGAGUGUCCUGGCUCCGACUACGUCAGCUACUAG